UUUAGUGUAAUGAAGUUACCAAAUUUUUAAAUCAUAAGGUUGAAAUUUUAAAUUUUAAAAUAUAUUUUAAGAAUCCUAAUGAUUGAUUUGAUGGUUAAAGGAUGUUUACUCGUAAAAUUUUUUUAAGUUUGAGUGCAUGUGAUAUUAACCUUUUAAUGGUAAGGUGAGUUAUUGUAGACAUUGAUCGAAGCCAUUGCCAUGAUUGCUCGCUUGGGAGAGGGAACUUCCUACACUUCAUCAAAAUUGCCUCCCAAACCACUUGGGAUAUGGGAAUUCGAGGGCUCUCCGUUCUGUAGGAUUGUGCAAGAAGUACUGGUUGAAUUAGAGUUACUGCACAAUCAACACAGUGAUCUGAUUCAUCGGUGUGCCAUUAUCGGUCUUCAUUUGCUCACUCGAGUUUCAAGGGGUUCCCCAAGACAUGCAACUGAGACACUGACUAACCAUUCUUCUUCCAUGUUCUAUCAGUUGUCCUCAAGGCAGCCAGAAAUGGCGUAUCCUUUACGAGAAAGCCGGACAUUUUCAGGUAAAUUACUACUUUUCAUAACAAAUUUUCUGACAUUCAUUGUUUGACAAUUACAGGUACCUUAUUUAGAAGAUCCAAACACUGGGGGUGCAAAUGUUUGAGAGUGCUGAAAUAAUAGGGUACUUAAGAGCCACCUAUGCUGAAUGCUAAUGAAAACCCUUCCCACACAUGUUUUCCUUAUUCGACCAUAAAUUAGUUGGUAUCAAUAAAAAAGAAUCAAAUUAAUCUUUAUAUGAAUUACUCAAAACUGUAAAUGGUCUUAUCUAAAUUCAAAAUAACCCGAAUAUAUGAUGUAUUUCACUGAUUAAAUCACACUGAAUAAUCUCAUCUUUGCUUUUUUCAUCAAAUUUUCACUCUAUACAAAGCUACUUUAGGUUUUAUUCAAACAUGUCACUUAAAAAGCAUUCACUAACCUAAACUUCAAGAAAAUUUACUCCCAACUUAUUGAAAGAAAACAAAGAUAGUUGUUAUGGAA